UAUGAUCGCACUGUUUACAGUAACAUUCUACUGACAAACGAUUUUUACAAUUCUCUCUCUCCACGCGUGCUUGUUUGUAAUAAGAUAGCCUUGCAUACAAUUUGUGCAUGACGAAUAUGUUUAUUUAAGAAAUAGCAUAAACAGGGUGCUAAUUAAUAGGUAUCUAAGAAACAUUCGAAUCACAGAACUUCUGAAAUUCCAUAUCAUCAGGAAGACUUUUUCCAUAUUGUACAGUGCGCGACAAGUCAAUAAAGAUAGCUGUUCUUCUUUAUAACUAUAACCUAAAUAAUAUCGUUGUUAUGAGUGAUAUAAAGCUGGAUUUAUUGAAGUGCUAUUUUCGCUUAUUUAAUCAACUAUGAAUCACCGAGGGUCUAAUUCGUUUUCAAUCGACUCAUUAAUAUCUUCACCGUUUUCAUCUAGAUACGGUUCUAUGAUGUACAACAGUGGUUACGUUUUCAUGCCGCCGGCUUCUACGACGGUGCUACCGUACGCUCAUACGCCUUAUGGCUUCCCUUUAACGUCACGUUCAACGUAUCCUGGACAUUUUCACAGCGCAUUUAGUAGUUCCGUAAUGGAAAAUUACAGACAAGCGGACCUUCCACUUUCAACUUUUAACGAAUACGCUCAUAAGCCAAAGAAAUUAGUUCAGGAGAGUCCCCCAGUGUCCGACAACGACGAGGAGGAGGAUGGUUCCCAUCCAAAGGAUUUAAGACUGACAACAAAUUGUCAGAAAGAUGAAGAUCGUGAGAUGCAAGACGAAAAUGAUGAUGACGUCAUGAGUGACAGUUCAAUAACAGACGAGCCAAUGCUGGAACCAACCAAUGAAAAUGAAGAUGAACGGUCAAACCCAAAGUCAGACGAAGAAGAAGAUAGUGCUAAUAAAAGUAUCAAUCAGUUGAAAUCAAACCAAACCAGUGACAAUACCGGAAAAGUAACGCUUCCGUCCGGUAAAACUCGACGGCGGCGUACGGCCUUUACAUCUGAACAACUUUUAGAACUAGAAAAGGAAUUCCAUAGUAAAAAGUAUUUAUCACUAACGGAACGUUCACAGAUUGCACAUGCGUUAAAAUUAAGCGAAGUUCAAGUGAAAAUUUGGUUUCAAAAUAGAAGAGCAAAAUGGAAGAGAGUAAAAGCCGGACUUGUACACGGAAGGACAACAUCAGAUAAUAUUAAUAAACCAAAAAUUGUUGUCCCAAUACCCGUGCAUGUGAAUAGAAUAGCCAUACGAAGUCAGCAUCAGCAGUACGAGAAAACUGUGCGAAGCUCGUCGUUUCACUGAAAAAAAAAAAUCCUAGUGUAACAUGGUGGGUUUAAUUCAUAUUAGUUUCUUAUAAAGACAUUGGGCGGUGUUUGCACAUCGUUUGUUAUUAGAAUUGAAGUAAGCCAGUCUUAAAAGUGCUGAUGUCAGAUUGAAAAUAUCUUUAAAAACUGUUUUGAUAUUUGUACUAGUACUAGUCUCGCUGCUUUGGCAGAUGGACAGUUUUCUAUUUAAUGGAUGACACUAUUGGAUCUCUAAACAAACUGACGUUAAGAUGCUGGAACUGGUAAAAUGUUAAGGUUUCCGGUCAUGGCUAUGUUGAAUAGAAGCACAUAUAUGUAGAAAAUAAUUAUUUAUCAUGUUUAUUUCGAAAAUUAGAAAAUAAAUGUUUUACUUGUUGAAACAGUUUUUCUUUUCCGAUCGAAAAUGUUCAGUUGAUCAUCAAAAUUAAGGAAGUUUCAUCCCAAUCUAGAUAAAAAGUGGAGAAAUCGUCUUUUCUGUAAUGUCCAAAUAAUGUGGUUAAGGGUAAAGACCAAAAGCUCUUGUGAUGUAUAAAGCGCAUGCGCUUGACUUAUCAAACGAUAUAUUCGUUGGCUAUCAAACAAAAAUUACUCGUAAUAAUUAUAAUAGAAAUAAACAAUACAAGAUGCGGUGUAGAACUGAGAUAUUCUGUGAUGAAAUAGGGUAAAACAUAUUUAGCAGUAUCUUCUGUUUAAUAUCGUAAUUAUACAAUUAAAUAGAAAUUGAAUAUCCGUGCGACAUUACAUUAUUGUUCCAGCGUAACUCAAACAAAACCAAAUAUCCAUUUGUGUUCGUGUACAUUUAUAAAAACUCUGUUUGCCCUUAAUGUUCGACACAAUGCAAAACAAACUAGAAUUGUGUUCACUGGGACACGGAUGCCCCCACAUACAUUCUCUAAAUAUAGCAAAACUAUUAAAGGACCAUAACUGCGGUAAAA